GGCGAUCGUGAUGGAACCUCUCGUGAAAAACCUCAAGAAACAAGUCACAUGUUCAAUUUGUCUCGAUACUUACACAGACCCCAAAAUAUUAUCGUGCUUCCACACUUUUUGCUGUAAGUGUUUGGAGGAACAUGCAAGAAAAACCCAUAGACAAGGCAAAUUCAGAUGCCCCGAGUGUCAGGCGGAAAUCGAUUUACCUGAAGGCAAUCGCUUCGACCGUUUGUCCACCAGCUUCAUCCAUAAUAGUUUGUUAGGUCUCCUUGAAACGGAAGAUCGCGAGGACUUGCUGAAGCCGCCAUUUUGCUCGCAACACAAGAACGAAAGACUACGAUAUUUCUGCUCUUCCUGCGGAGCGUGUAUUUGUCCUGUUUGCUUCGCCGAAGACCACCGCGGCCAUGAAUUCGACGUUAUUGAAAAGGCACUGCAGGAAGAUAAGAAAUACAUCAUGUUGAACGUCGAAACCAUCAAGGAAAAGGCAAACUUAUUUCGAGAAGAGAUAAGAAAAUGUGAGAAAACCUCUGAGGAUGUGGAAAUGAUUAUCGCAAUCGCUAAACAAGACGUGUCUGAGGCAGCUCAGCACGUCAUCACAAAGACGCGACAGCAAGAAAAACAGCUGUUAGAGUCUUUAGAAAUGACGCGGAGGGAGAGAAUAGAGCGAAUCAACUCGGCUAAACAAGAAAUGGAAUCUCUGGUAGAACAAAUGAACCAAGCGACUAAAUAUGCGGAGAACCUCGUUCAAAGAAGGUCAGGCUUAGAUAUUAUACAGACUAAGACAACUUUGAAGGAGAAAUUUCGAGAGCUUGGUUGGGUUAAAGUUCCAAAACAUCACCAGACUACAUUUGCCAAAUUUAACGCGGCAUCCCAACAAGACUUGACACUGGGUUUUAUUCAACUCUACAGCCAACUAGCCAACGCAGCUAAAUCAACUCUAGAAGGACUGGAUGGAACUUUUCAGGCUUGUGUAGAAGCAGAGUUUACGUUGUGUCCAAAAACAGCAGAAGGAGAGAUUUAUAACCAGCCCGAUCUUAAAGAUCAAGUUGAGUUGCAGAUAAAACCCACCAAAGAUGUCGCAAACGUGACUGUUCGAGAAAGAGAGGACGGCAAUCUUACGCUGAAGUUUACACCUAAAGUGCCUGGCGCCUACAGCGUUAAGGUGAAGAUUAAUGGCGAAAAGCUUCCGACCUGUCCGUUCACCUUGCCAGUGAAAGAACGUCAACUUGUUGUAAUCGGUGAAUUGGACUUGAAGUUCAAUCAAGGGCAGGAGUUCCAGGUACCCAAUGGAAUCGCUGUAAACAAGCAAGGCGACAUAGCUGUCGUAGAUUAUCACGGAAACUGUGUCUUUGUAUUCAAUAAAGAAGGGAACUGUUUAAAACAAAUUGGAAAAGAAGGAACAGAUCCUGGACAAUUCAAAAAUCCAAAUGGGGUGUCAUUUUUAAACAACAACGAAGUACUUAUUGCAGAUCAAUCAAACAAUAGAAUCCAACGUAUAGAUAUCCGGACAGGAUAUGUUGUAAAAACCUUUGGGAAAAAAGGUGAGAGAAAAGGACACUUCAAGACUCCAAUUAGUAUUUGCCUUGACGAUACAGAACGAAUUGUAGUCAGUGAAUUCUCUAACAACAGAGUUCAAGUAAUGUCAAAAGAGGGCGAAGCUCUAUUCACAAUAGGAGACAGUGGUCCAGAGAAACUCAGCACACCAUACAGCUGCAUUCCUUACAAAAAUAUUUUCCUGGUAACCGAAAGAGACAAUCACGUCAUAAAAGCAUUUGAUGCGUCAAACACUUUCCUAUACAAGUUUGGCGAAAAAGGGAAUCAAGACGGACAGUUCAACUCACCCCGUGGCAUGUGUUUAGACAGCUCUUAUAAUCUUCUUGUCUGUGACUAUUUCAAUAACAGAAUUCAGCGAUUUUCUUUGGACGGUCACUUUAUAGGCAAAACUACCGUUCCUUUACAAAGUCCAUUUCAAAUUGUAACAGCACCAGAUGGGCGUAUACUGGUCACAAGCCUUAAAGCUAAAAAAAUAUAUAUACUGAGGUAAAUAUGUUACUAUUCUACGAAUCAUUCAGCUGCUGAAUGUAUGCCAGUGGAAACUUAAGUCCAAUCAUUUACGUUUUAAAGCAAAUUUCUUCACAAGAGGCAGAAACACUUAACGGUGUAAGUGCAUCGUUCGCCCUCAAAUACAGAAACCAGGGGGAGGAGGUAAGCACAGAAUUGACUUAUACACCAUGAGCAGUCAGACAUAUAGGAAAAUUAUCUUAAGAAAAGGAAACUUGAAUGAGUCUAUGAUAGAUUUAACUUUACUUUGUGUGCUCAGCCUUUCACUUCAUCUGGUCGAAUAACAAGAGCAGCUUUUUGAG